GGGGCGCUCCAAGCCAUUCAGCUCGCUCCUUCGCAUCUCGCUCGGCUUAUUUCCCCUUGGAGGCUGUGCUAUUGGCCAGGUCUGCUUCCAAAAUGGCGGCCAACGCGACGACCAACCCGUCACAGCUCCUGCCGCUCGAGCUUGUGGACAAAUGUAUAGGCUCACGUAUUCACAUUGUGAUGAAGAGUGAUAAAGAAAUUGUUGGCACGCUCCUAGGGUUUGAUGACUUUGUCAACAUGGUUUUAGAGGAUGUUACAGAAUUUGAAAUUACACCUGAAGGAAGAAGAAUUACAAAACUAGAUCAGAUUUUGUUAAAUGGAAACAACAUAACAAUGCUGGUUCCGGGAGGAGAAGGACCUGAAGUAUAAACUGCUGUGUUUCUCUCUGAAGACUCUUGUUAUGUGUUGUUCAAUGGGGCAUUUUGGGGUUUUUUUACAUUUAAUGUUGAUAUUUGAUAAAAAGUAAAUAUUUCCUUUUCAGGGAAGAUGCAUAGUUAAUGCUGACUUUGUAAGUUAAAUAAUGACUCUUUUUGUACAGACGUAUUGAUAUGCUGUUCUGAAUAAAAGAUAUUUUCUUUUUGUUAA